ACGUUUGCACGCAUGCGUAUUCACCGGCAUUAUUUUACUGCACAGAUCUGUAUGACUACUGUACAUUACUAGCGAUUUUGGAUACACAUUUAAUACUGUUUUCUUGGGCGUGUGUACACAUAAUAUUUUAAAAGAUGUCACAGUAUAGAUUAUUAAAUACUGCCUUUCAUUUGUCACAUAUAAAUAAAAAUGUUAUAGCACAAACAGCAUUAUAUCAAACAUUUAGAACAUUUGCUAGCCCAGCUACCAUAAAACAUUGGAAGUACAAAGUUGUAGACAAUGUAGCAGUAAUGACUAUAGAUUCUCCAGGAGUUAAGGUAAAUACUUUGAAUGAAGAAGUAUCAAAUGAAAUUGCAACACUUUUACAAACUGUACAAGUGGAUCCUGCUGUAAAUUCUAUAGUUUUUAUAAGUGGGAAGCCAGGAUGUUUCAUUGCAGGGGCUGAUCUUAAUAUGAUACAAGGUUGUAAAUUUCCAGAAGAUGGAACUAAAAUAUCUCUUGAAGCUCAAAAACUUUUAAAUACCAUAGAAAAAAGUCAGAAGCCAAUUGUAGCUGCUAUUCAAGGAAGUUGCUUAGGAGGAGGCCUUGAGGUAGCAAUGGCAUGUCACUAUCGGCUUGCUGUUAAUGAUACAAAAACCAAUUUAGGUUUACCAGAAGUAAAGUUAGGUCUUUUGCCUGGAGCAGGAGGUACUCAAAGAUUACCUAAAUUAACAUCACUCUUUGAUACAUUAGAUAUGACCCUUACUGGAAAAAUUGUUAAGGCAGUUAAAGCUAAACAAAUAGGACUUGUGGAUAUUUUAGUAAACCGUCUUGGUCCAGGUAUUGGAACACCAGAAGAAAAUACUAUGAGAUAUUUAGAAGAGACAGCUAUCAGAACUGCAAAAGAUCUUGCAAAUGGAACUUUAAAAGUUCAAAGAGGUCCUAAAACUAUGACUGAUAAGCUGAUGAAUUAUGGUUUAUCUUUUCAAUUUGUUAAGGAUCAGUUAUUUAAAAAAAUAAAAAAUGAGACAAUAAAGAAAACCGGGGGUUUGUACCCUGCUCCACUUAAGAUUAUAGAUGUAAUACGUACUGGUCUAGAUAAGGGACCAGCUGCUGGUUAUGAAGCAGAGGCUAAAGCUUUUGGUGAGCUAAUUGUUACACCACAAAGUAAAGGUCUUAUAAGUUUAUUCUUUGGGCAAACUGUGUGUCAAAAGAAUCGUUUUGGUACACCUAAAAAUGCUAUUAAAAAAAUUGCUGUUGUUGGUGCUGGUUUAAUGGGAGCAGGUAUUGUUCAAGUAAGUAUAGAUAAAGGCUAUGAUGUAAUUAUGAAAGAUACAAACCAAGCAGGUUUGUACCGCGGAAUGAAUCAGAUACAAAAAGGAAUGGAGACUGCUGUUAAAAAGAAGAAGUAUUCCGGUAUUCAAAGAGAUAAAUAUCUCGCGCGUCUAAAUGCUACCUUAGAUUAUAGUUCAUUUAAAAAUGCGGAUAUUGUAAUUGAAGCUGUAUUUGAGGAUAUUGCAGUGAAGCACAAAGUCAUAAAAGAAAUUGAAUCGGUUGCACCGCAGCAUUGUGUAGUUGCAACAAAUACAUCGGCAAUUCCAAUCAACAAAAUUGCUGCUGGUAGUAGUCGACCGGAUAAGGUAAUUGGGAUGCACUACUUUUCUCCAGUAGACAAAAUGCAAUUGUUGGAAAUAAUAACUCAUAAAGGUACAUCGACUGAAACUAUUAAAACUGCAGUUGAUGUAGGUUUAAAGCAGGGUAAAGUAGUUAUUACUGUGGGAGAUGGUCCUGGAUUUUAUACAACACGAAUUCUGUCUGCUAUGUUAUCCGAGUCUAUUAGAUUAAUGCAGGAAGGUGUAGAUCCUACGGAUUUGGAUAGUAUGAUUAAAAAGUUUGGAUUUCCUGUUGGACCGGCAACUUUAUCAGAUGAAGUGGGUGUUGAUGUUGGUGCUCACAUAAGUGCUCAUCUUGUAAAGGCUUUAGGUGAACGAUUUAAGGGUGGAGAUGUAAAUAUACUUAGUGAUAUGGUUAAAGCUGGUUUUCUAGGACGAAAAUCUGGCAAAGGAAUAUUUAUAUAUGAAACUAACACGAAGCGCAAAAACAUCAAUCUCGAAGCAUUAGAUAUCUUAAAGGCAUAUAAAUGUGAACCAAAAGGAAGUACUUCCGUCGAAGACCGUCAAUUAAGAAUGGUGUCCAGAUUUGUUAACGAAGCAGUACUUUGUUUAGAAGAAAAUAUUUUGGCCAAUCCGUUGGAAGGUGAUGUAGGAGCAGUUUUCGGGCUAGGAUUUCCUCCGUUUACCGGUGGACCUUUCCGUUGGGUAGAUUCUUAUGGGGCUCAUAAAUUAGUUAAGAAAAUGGAAGAAUUCCAAAGUCACUACGGCGAUGCAUUUAAACCAUGUCAGAUGUUGCAUGAUAUGGCAUCCGAUUCAACCAAAAAAUUCCAUAAACAGUUGUAAAUGUGCCUAUAGAACAAAAACGGUGACAGUACGGCGAGAUUCCUAUAGGCUUAUAAUGUUUGCGAUUAUGAUAUUUGAAUGUAUCUGCGUGUAUUUGAUUAAUUGUACUGUUCACGUUUGUAGAACCUUCGGCUGGUAUCAAUGCAAAGUAGUUUAUACAUGUAUAUUUAUUACAGAAUUUUUAUACGAUAUAUAUUUUGCAAAAAGGUUUAUAAUAUUUUUACAAGAUAAUAUAAAAAUAUAAACUCUAUAU